AUGACGAGACGACUGCUCCUUUGCAGAGUGCGGGUCAGUCCAGACCAGUCACAGUUCUUCAGAGGGGAGAGGCUGAACCUCCGAUGUGUCGACUCAACCUGGAAAGUGUGGAAAAUGGGUGCAGGCAUCUGGAGGUGCUGUGGCGAUAAGUGGGGCGCACAGAGUGGCCCCCACUGUGUUCUCAAAAUACUGGAGACAAAGGACAGCGGUCAGUACAGGUGUCAGUCCAAGGAUAAUGAAACAUCUGAAACCUCCUCCAUCACUGUCACAGACAAGGCCGUGAUCCUCCAGAUGACCACUCUCCCAGUGACUUCAGGACAAAAGGUCGAUUUGAUUUGUCGACAUCACUUUGACCCCGGUACUACAGCUCGUUUCUAUAGAAACACAGUGGCCCUGUCAGGGGGGUCUGCAGGGACGCUGACACUCCAGCGGGUGGCGCUGUCUGACACAGGCCAGUACCAGUGUGAGAUGGGAGGAGUGCGGUCAGAGUCUGCUCACCUCCAAGUCCUUGCAGUGCCCUCCACUCCUGCGGCUCCACCUUCCUCUGCUCCUCCCCCUGUGACCCCGAAACCCUCGCCCGCCUCUCUCCCCUGGUUUGUGAUCCCAGUGGUGAUCCCCGUCGUGGGGGUGGUCUUACUCAUCGUGCUGGUGAUGCUGGUGGUUGUAUUGGUGAGAAGAUGCAGAUGCAGAUGCAGAUGCAAGAAAACUAAAGGUUCCAAAGCAAAGCGGCGCAAAGGCCGGACUCCCCGUCCGCAGAAUCAGAAGACUACAGAGUACAGCAAACCUCACAAAAAGAAAAAAAGAACUGCUCCCAAUUAA